CACUCUGUCCAGUUUCUGGCGACGGGAACGCGGAAGUGCGGUAACUGAGGGUUUUGCAGCUGUUCGAAUUGCAGCGCGGCGACUGGUGCGAGAUGGAGGUGGACGUGGCGGCCGAAGAUGGUCGGGACGGUGCCCGGGAGCGGCGAGGCUUGGGUGAAGCUGGGAGGCAGCAGCAGAACCACGAAGUCCAGCCUCAGUCCGGGGCAGACCGGUUUCCGAAACAGUCCUACUGGCUGGAUCUCUGGCUCUUCAUUCUCUUCCACCUGGUGUUGUUUUUCAUCGUGUAUCUUUUGCCCUGAAUGGUUUGCCUGAUAUCUAAAUUAAGAAGUUGGCUCCUGGAAUGGAUUCUGAAAAUGACUACAAACUUCUUGAGGAAAGCAGACAGACAGGAUUGUGCAACAGAAGAAUUUCACACUCUAAGGGACCUUUUCAUUUCACACAUUCUGUAAUUCAUUUGGGGGACUAUAUUAAAUGGGUUAUGAUCUCACCUAUUCAUACCUAAGUUCUUAAAACUAGACUCUCUGAUUCAUGUUUAAAAACUUUUUUUGAACAUCUGAUGGCUUUACAGGGGCUGAAGAUAAAAGUAUUUAUACGUAAAGGUUUAGUGUAUUACGAAAUAUAGUAAUGUCUUUAACAGUUUUAAAAAUUGGCCACGGUUUAACAUGAUGCAAAUAACAUGGUGAAAUAAUAAGGUGGAGUAUUUAAAAAUAAGUUACUCAAAAGCAAGGGAAGGAUUUUGAGAAGGGAGUUAAAAGCUAGACAGAAAAUGCAGGCCCACAAUGUGUUGGCUCUAAGUACCAGUUUAAUUUUUGGAUUAAGUGGGCAUCUCUUAGGGUUGCCAAACUGAUACAGUCUUAGAGAAUCCAGUAUUGGAAAGCUAGCGUGAGUGUCCUCUUACCUCGAUGCUUCCCCUCUUUUAAGCUCUUGAACUCCCUAAAUUAGGACUGUGUGUUUCCAACCUAUUUUUUAUUAUUAUAGUUGCAUUAAGAAUGCUUGUGAGCAAAACAUGUUUAUUUUUAUGUCUGUAACUUAAAUACUUCAGCAAAGUCAGCACAUUUCCUCAUUCAACAAAUAUUUGAACACUUACUAUGGGCCAGGUACAGCAGUGACCAAAACAAACAAAAAUCCUUGCCUUCAUGGAACUUACAUUCUUGUUUUUUUAUCUAAAUAUGUUAAAAAUUGACAUUCUAGGAGCGCUCAGCUGGCAUUUAAUCAGAAAGGCCACCCUCUCAAAGCAGCUACAUAAGCCCUUCAGAAGCUAUUCCUGUUACAUAACAGAUACUCCUUUAUACAACAGAUGUUAGAAAUGGGCUCUUAGUCGUUGAAACUGGUGACAUUUGAUAUAUGUGAACUGCCUGGAUAUUGGGGAUGUUCCCCUCCCUUAGAAACAGGGCAGAGAUCUGGUAAGCUCCACAUCCUGUACUUUUAGAAUGGCAUUGAGGUUAGAGUGAAAUCUGGGGUUGACAUCCGAGGAUUUCAACUGCCCAGUGCCAACCAAAGGUUAACAGUAUGCCGUCAGGGUACUGUUGAGUCUGCCUAAAGAGAACCUUUCAUGCAAAGGUUGAAGCAUCUAGAGAAACAGAACUGGGAUUUCAUUGAGGAUACCAGACAGAUUUAUGAACUGUUUUUGUGCUGCUUGCUAGUAAUUUUGUCCAAUAAAUGUUUAUUGCAUAGCUAAA